GUAAAAAAAUCCUUCUACAUCUCUUACAGAAACAUCCCCCCCUUUCUCUCUCCUGUUUAUCUUCCACGUACACACACAAACGUGGAAGUGGUACGUACAGCUCAGUUUGGACUUUUCAGAUAAAUUUGUAUGAAGGAAACAUGUCUAACAUGGAAAAAGCGAAUGGAGCUGAAACGUCUACACAUGCCCCAUUAAACUCGGAGAUACGGACGCACAAAGUUACUUUUCACCCGGCACUGCAGCUAUCGAGAGAAGAAAGCACUGCAUCUAGCUCAGAAGCUUCACCAAAUAAAAAUCAGUUGCAGCUAGGUGAAUUAGUGGUUUUAUUGUCAAAGCAAAUUGCAAUAAGCGGCGGCGGGACUACUAUCUAUGAGGGGCUUUAUGAAAAUGAACCAGUCGCUGUGAAACGCAUUCUCAAGAGUCAUUACGAUUUGGCUCCCCGUGAAGUUGAAAAUUUCGAAGCAUUUAAACAUCACCAAAAUAUAGUAAAAUACUACGGGAUGGCAGAAAACGAAGACUUUUAUUAUCUUGCUCUGGAGCGUUGUGAUUGCGAUUUGAGUAAGCUCAUCCAGCCAUCUAACGAGAUUUUGGGAGAUAGAAGGCUUUGGGUGGAAAAAGAAAACCGUCCAUCAGCUUUAUUACUGAAACUGAUGAGGGACAUAGUUUCUGGACUUGUUUUUCUCCACGAGUUAGGUAUGGUUCACCGAGACUUGAAGCCUCAAAACGUUUUAAUACUUAAGGAAAAAUCAACUUUCUGUGCAAAGGUUUCUGAUAUGGGCAUCAGCAGAAAACUUGGUGCUAAUAUGUCUUCCUUAAGUAACCACCCUGCAACUAUAGGUACUGGCACUACAGGCUGGAAAUCGAAAGAAUGGCUUGAUUUUAAGCAACAAACACCUGCAGUGGAUUUGUUUAAUUUAGGUUGUCUCCUCUUUUUUUGCAUCACUGGCGGUAUGCAUCCAUUUGGGGAGGAUGAUUAUUGUAAUACGAAUAUUAGGAAUGAGAAUGCAGUGAACCUGUCUUCCAUAAAGAAUUUCCCAGAAGCUUUACAUCUCAUUUCUCUUUUAUUAAAUGCCGCUUAUGAGUUGAGGCCAAAAGCAACUCAGGUGUUGCACCAUCCAUUAUUCUGGGAUGCAAAGACGAGACUUUUUUUCCUGCGCGACACUAGUCAUAGAGUAAGCGAGAACUCUGAUCUUUUGAAAGCACUUGAAUCUACUGCGGGAGAGGUUUUACGUAAAGAAACAAUAUGUCUGGCAAAUGUAGUCGUAAGUUGGAACAAAACGAUAGAUGACGACAUAAUCAAGCACAUUCUGAAAUAUGAGGAAGGUGGUUACAACUUUAGCAGUGUUCGAGACUUGCUACGACUGAUUCGGAACAUAUUGAGACAUUAUGAACAACUCCCAGAUAAUAUUAAGAACCGUGUUGGAUCGCUACAUGAAGGAUUGGAUGAUUAUUUUAGACGCCAAUUCCCAGAGCUCUUGAUUGAAGUGUACAAAGUUGCGUACCCAUACUAUAGAGAUUAUGAGUACUACAAGAAAUAUUUCGAGAGGGAAUAAAGGGC